AUGGAGGACCUCGCGAGGGAGAGGCUCAUUGAGAGCGCCAGGAGCCACCACGACAUAAAGAACAUCAACCUGUACUUAGCGAACAUAGAGGAAAACAUAAUAAGGAUUAAAAAUGAAGGCGAGAGCAUCAUCGAUGAAGUGUUCCUGGCCUUCAACGGGUCCAUUAGCCAUAUUUCUCUUUACGCUUAUCUGUACGACCACAAGGUAAGCGUGAAUUUAGAUUGCCUGCAGUUUAUAUAUGAGCAGAGUUACAUAGAAGAGGAAAAGGUGAUCGGAGAGGGGACUAAAGGACAGGAGAGCGUGGUAGACAUCGCUAAGUUCGAUUCAGAUCUGAUUCAUUACCUGGUGAGCGAGUGUAGAAGCAACUACGACGAGACGACCAACCUGACGACCAAAGAAAUUGAGGAGAUCAUAGGAAAUCAUAAAAAUAGAAUCUUCGAGGAAUCCAUAAGUGUGUACAAGGAGAAGUAUGGAGAUGCGAUAAAAGUAUUCAACUGCUUUGUCGAUUUGAGUCACUUCUUCUAUGAUGAGAAAAAGAUCAAGUUCAUAAAAAAAAAAAAAACGGAUUUUGUAGAGAAUUACAAUAACUACAUAGAUGCAAACACUGAGGUGGAGUUUUACGAGUUAAAAUAUCACCUUCUGACGAAGAAAGCCAAGGGGCAUAGCUCCGUUCUGUUUUGGUCGGACGCUUUAAACGAGAUCCACAUUAAGAACAAGACAAUCAUAACAUCUGUAGACGCCAUUAAGCUAACGAACACGGGACACCAGCAUGUGAUCGGCAUUCUUGGGCUCAACCGCGAUGGCGAUAUGGUCAUCCAGGGCAUACGUAACGAGAUAAAGCUCUUCCUUACCCGGGAGUGCAUGAUAAACCACGGGCUGUACUGCAUUGGCCAUGUCAUCCUCGUGCAGGGCCGCAUGCGCCUCGCCAACAAGACCUUCUACGCCGCGGAGAUCAUGCACCCCCCCAGAAACUUCGAAGAGGAGCGGAACGAAGAAGACAUGUUCUACGAUUUCGAAAACGAAAAGCAGAAAAAAGAAGUGGAGGAGUACGAAAUCAUCGUGCGAAAAAACGACAAGAAAAAAAACUGGAUCAUCAUGCACGACGUGUAUCUAGACAAUCCCUACACAUUUGAAGUCCUCGAUAAGAUGUUCUCUCUGUACGUCAAUACCUAUCCGGAAAAUGAGCUCCCUGUGGGAUUCAUCUUCAUGGGAGAUUUCAUAAGCCUCAAAUUUGAUUUCAACCGAAACUUUCACAAUGUGUACAUAAAGGGGUUUGAGAAGCUGUCCGUGAUGCUCAUAUCGAAAUUCAAACUGAUCUUGGAGGAGUGCUAUUUGAUCUUCAUUCCGGGAAAAAACGACCCAUGUGCAUGCAAGAAUAGCGUGCCGCAGAUGCCUAUCCUACCAUACUAUGUUAGGAAGUUUAAUCAAAAUAUAGAAUCCUUCUUCUCGUCAAAAAAGAAAAUAAUCUUUGCUACGAACCCGUGUAGAAUUCGUCACUUCAACAAAAAAAUGAUCUUCUUUCGACACGACAUUUUAAAUGACUUAAUAUGGAGCGCCACUAUUAACGCAUCUAACAAUGAGAAGAAUAACCUGCAAAACAUUUUCGUGUCUACCAUCGUGGGACAAAGUCAUAUUUAUCCAAUCCCUCAUGACAACAGGAUUCUGAAGAGGUACUCUUCUUUCCUUUUCCUCUAUCCUCUUCCUCACUUUAUCUGCAUUUCGGACAACACGUGUAACAGCUUCAUUUCGUAUGCCUCUGAGGACACCCGCGAUGCGAUCAUUUCCAACUCGGACAUGUCCUUCACGCGCAAGAAGACCUUCACCGUUUAUAACGUCCUGCAGCACGAGGCCAAGCGGUAUGUCGUCCCGCUCUGA